AGUUCGUCCCAAAAUCAAAAACAUGUGGCGGCUAAACCCUAAGCCACGACUUCUCGCCCCUCGACCUCGCAUCCUCCCCCCUCCGCCGCUCCCGCCAACCCCGCAUUGGGCGCGGAAUGAGAACUCGUACGCUUCCGAUCUGCUGGUUGUCGCCAACCUCGCACCCGGCGCGGCAGGAGCGCCGCUUCCCCUGGUAAGGCCCGGGCUGAGGCCGAUUACGAGUCGGAUCGAUGCGUACAAGCAGAGGCUUGCGGUCAUCUCCGGGCUUGAAGCUUCGGUCGCGAAAGGCAUUCGCCUUGAUGUAACGCGGGAACAACUCCGGUACUCGAGGUGGUUCGUGGAAUCCAUUAUAGAGCAGCUGGAGCCCGUCCGCCGACAGCUCUCCGACGUCCUCGACAAGCAGUUCCCCUCCUAUACUCCCGAGGUGGAGAUACCGCAGCAGCAAAAAGAUGAGGAAAAUGAGAAUAAAGGAGCUGCUGUUCGAAAUGCUAAAGUGGAUAGUGAAAACAACUUGGUUUUGGACGAAACACAUCAAGAAGUUACUGCUUCAGAAGUAGGUGGUGGAAACAAUAAAAGUGAAGACCCAUCUUCAUCCGGAUCAUCUGGGUUAGAGAUACCAUUUUCUGCUGUUGUCAAUCGAAAGAAAGAUUCCUAUACCCUCAACAAGUUCAGACAGUUUCUAGAAAGGUUCAGAGUGGAAGGUGAUGCUUCGUACUAUUAUGUUUGUCAAGCUAUUGGAAUUGCUUCAUGUGGAUCCUGUAGCAUGCAUGUGCGCUACAGUCAUCUGGCCACAUGCCAUGAUAAGGAUUGGGUCAGGGAAUUGGUUAACAAUAAAGAUAGGUUGGCAGCACAAUUGGCAACCACUGCACUUGAAUUUGUGAGAUACGUUGCAGCCAAAGUAAAGAUACAGAGAGAGAUAUUAGAGCUGAAGGUAGAAUAUAUUCAAAUGCCCAGGAGGUAUGAGGCUCAUACCUGAAAGCAUUAGUUUCUCCUUAUCAUGUUUGCACGAAUAUACUUGAAUUCUUUUUCUAUUGCUUGCAUGCUGUUUAUAUUUGUACAAAAACGUCUCAAGAAUAAGCACCAAGGAGAAAAACACAAUCUCACAUGUUGGAACCAUUGAGCUAACUUUAACCCAGUUAAGAAAACAGCUGUAUGCGCUCAACGUGCACUGUAUGUUGUUCUUCUUAAAGCUCUGCUGCCUCUAUUGGUUCCCUCUUCUUCAAAAUUGGGCGUGGCUGCUGUUCUCUUUGAUCCUUGUUAGUAACCAUCUUCCUGCUACAUCUAGCAACAAGUAAUUAUCUACUGCUUAACCAUAUGACGAUGCUAUGAAGGAAGCAUGGUAUGUGCUGCCAUUGCAAUUUACAAGAACGACAUUAGCUAGCUGGCAGAUUUGAUCAAAACUGCCAAUAGAAGCAUACAUGAUUGAAUGUCAAUCUUACUAUCCUAAACAAAUGGAUGGCAAAUAUUACUUUGAGUAGACCGAGUACAUUUACUACAACUGAUUCUUGCUGUCAGUAAAUAAAGCAACAUCUAUCAAGUGUUGAAGUAUUUUCUAAUUACCAAAUCAGAUGUCAUCCGAUAUGAUAAGAAUUGGGGUGUGGCUAGAUCAUCAGUUGACAUUACCAUAGAACAUUUUUCUUGUCUUUUUCUGUUUUGAAAUCUCAAAAAGAAAAAGAAACCUGCAUGAAUCACUGCAUAGAUCCGAUGGUUUAUGAGUAGAUCGAGAAACAGCAAAACAGCGAAAUUAAGAUAAACCUUUUCUACAAUCAGAUUAGGCAUUUAGUUAUGUUUUCUAUGAGCCAACAAAAACCACAAAAGAUAUUGCAGUCACCAUUUUUGGAGGACUGGGUGGUGUAGAAUAGAAUAUGACCGUGCACGCCUCAACCUUGUACUGCUACAAGAAAGAGAAUUAGGUAGAUUAGAAUAUAAUUUAGGCAAAAAAAAGAGCGGACACACCGAUACUCAGAGCGCAUGAAACUGAAUGCAACACAAGUGGUCAAGUGGAUGUACAUCCCCCUACUGGUAUUCUUUGAACUUGUGCUGCAAGGGGAAUGUAUUGGGUGUUUUAAUCCUCCAUCCACUUCAGUCUUCUUUAAUCUGAAAGUGAGUUUGCUCCCUGGACUUUGCGGUGCUUUACCCUUCUUAAGCAGGGAAUUGGCAGUUUAGAUAGCAGUAGCACUGAACCUGAACAUGCUCUUGCAGAUGUUUUUGUACUGCUUUGCUUCAUUGCAUUAUUAUGUAAUCUUUGAAGAAAUCCGCGAAACACAUGUUAACUUCAGAUAUUGCAAGGGAGAAGCAUGGCGAUUGUGCAUAUAAGAAAAAUGCUUAUGUAUAUAAAUCAUGCGCAGCCAAGCCACCAUGCUUAGUUACUGAUUAGAUUUGUAGGUGAGGAAUGUGUAACACCAUAACAGAUGACUUCUCAUUGCUCCGGCUAACGAUCAGAGUGUCUACAAAAGAGGAACAUGGUAAUUUUAAAUAGCGAGUAGAAUACAAGCUGGUCACCACAUAUGCAGAGCAAUCUGGCAGUAUAACCCCCCAAGUAUUGUUUCGUUUUUAAUCUAUGGCCUAGGAAAUUAAACAGACAACAAAAUGUGAUGCAUCAGAAUCGGCACUAAAUUCAUUCGAGCAACUGCUCUAAACCAAACAGGCGAAGCACCCAAGCUUCCGGCUCAUAUUCCCGAUCCAACAACUAAGACAUCUGAUUUUACAGCUAAUGCAAAUAGAAUUUCUAUAGCUACCUGGCGCCCAAAUUUGCGAGGCUUGCACGGAGGAGCGAUGCGAGCAUGUCGUUGAGGAGGUCGUCAAGGAGCCAUACCCAGCCGUGACCGGUGCAGCAGGCAAACAUGCUGUCCGCUCCACUGCCUAUUCUGCUUCCGGCACUCAGUAAAAGGAGGCGACCGACGGAGGACGUGUCCUUCUCGGCAAUGGGGCUCGCAGGAGGAGCCACCACCGUCACCCUCCUUCGGCGACGGCGUGUGCCGUGUGCGGGUGGUAUCAUGAUUAGGAGGUGGCUGCGGAGGCAGUGUGCUUGAGCAGCUGAGGACACAGUGCGUGCCCCAGCUGAGCGUCGGGAAGGAAAAGAGAGUGGAGGCGAGUGCGGGAGAAUGGGUUGUGACUGAGCCGGAGGCGAGGAUUUCGCUAUUCAAUGGUGGUGGUGCCGGUGGUGGAGGCCAUCAGAACCAUGAUGUGAACUGCAAGGUGCACCGCAGGCAGACGUGGGUGAUGAGCAAAGGGAAGGGGGAGGGGUUUCAGUUAUAAUGAUCUGGAUGCGACUGAGAUGACGGUUCUAGCCCGGGUGGAUCGUGAUGUGAAAAGGGGGAAGGCGGCUGUUCUGGGAGCGGGAGGAAGCUGGGAAGGGUUUGCGUGAUAGAGGGUGUUUGCUCCCUGGCGCUUAUGGUUUUCCCACGAUUUAAUAUUUUCAUGUGCUCGGAUUUUUUUCGUGUGAGGAUUAGACGAAACAUGGGACGGGAGGUCAAACUGGAUGAGACAGGAGAAAUAAUGAGACGUGGGGUAGGAGGGAUUCAGGUUAUCGAUUCAGGCAAUCAUGGUUAGUGCUAGUGUUAAACAUCCGGCUAUGUGGAACUUUGGAUUUGACCAUAUGGACGUUGUAGAUGUCUUAAAAAUCUCCACCCUUUGUGCUUUUAUAUAGCAGUAGAUUGAUGAUGAUCUACCUUUGUGAUUCCUGAAUACGCCAAAAGGAAGGCAAAUAAAUGAAUAAUUAGUUGGCCAAACUUUGAGAUCACAAUGACUGCUUAAGAAGUAUUUGCAAGCUAGUUGUUUAUAAGCAGUGAUUUGUUUGGCAGUUGGCUAAUUCAGUAUUAUGAUCAAGUUUAGACUAGCUGGUAAGUUGUUUCAUUUGCCUUUUGAUUUGCUUUUUGUUUGCAUCAUAUAAUCAUACGUCAUUACUAUUAUCAAAUGUUGGUUCUAAAAAUGUUAAAAGGUUGUGCCAUGCAAUUUGUUGGUUGCUGCAAAGCCUGCAAUACCUCCUGUAUGCGCAUUGUCCACUCACCUAUAUGCUAUUGCUAUUGGCCUUUCUUUAUAGAAUGUGAUUUCCUUUUAACAGUUGACUUACAUCCUCUUUGUACGUAACCAUAUAUAUUGACAUCAAUUUAAGGCAGCAUGUGUUUUUGAAAUUUCUUUUAUCCCCUUUAUACCACCUUUUUAGGUGUUCAUCUUGCUAAUGUUUGCAUUCAGUGCUCUGAUUUAUGAUUUUUCUGUUUCUUAAUUAAGGUUAUUUCUGAAACCCUAAUAGUUUUCAUAAAUAAUUUGCAUCCUUGAGAAGCUACAGGAUGUUUUGGUCACUCCUUCGAUCACAGAGCAGCUAGAAGUUCAUCGCCACAACAGGCUUGUGGUCAAGCCUUCUCCGUUUGGCUGUGAGGAACUAUCAGGUAUUCUGGCCAACAUGGUGAAGAAUCAUAGACUGGGCAGGUCAUGGAACGGACAGUUGACAAUGGAUGAUUUUGAAGUAAUUAAUGGUCAUCAGAUUAUCAUUACCAAGAAGCCCACUCAGUAUGAAAUUGGGGAGGGGGCGAUUAUACCAGCUGAUACCAGGACAGCUUUCUGUAAUGAUCUUGGAGUCAUACCCAAGAUCAUCCUACCAAAAUUUAGGGUUGACAACUUUUCCAAUCCACACCAUAUAGCCUUUAAGAGUUGCCUGGAGGAGUUAAAGCUUGGCAGCAUAAUCAAGUGGUCAGACUUGGAGGAGCACUAUGAGUUAGUACUUCAUCAUCCAUAUCUCAAACCUCCAAUAGCAGUUCUGUAUCUGUUCACUGGAAUACACAGCUGCUGUCGAGCACACGACGAUGGUGAUGAGGUUGCCUGGUACAAGACCGUGUUGGCAUCACGGGAAUACCAGGAAUGGGGAGCUGAUGAAGAUUGCAAAAGUUGGAUAGACUUGGUGAAUAAUUCCAACAAUGAACUGCUUAUUGAGGUACUUGAGUAUCCUACCAAAGGGAUUGCUCAACCAGGCAGGCCUUUGCCUGAACCAUACAAUGAAACUCUUGAGUCAUUCUGCUCGUAUGUGAGACAUUCAGGUCUGCACACGACUGACAACACCCGGAAGAGGAGACCAUCUGAGCCAGUCUUAUUGGGCAAAGAUGGGCCAGUAGAGGAGCAGAGGCGUGAACCCAGAGAGCAAUUGGUAAAGUUACAAGAUGAAGUUGUGACAACAGCUGCACUGUUUUUGGCGGAGGUCAUGGAAGACGUGAUUGCCUCGCUGAUCAACUCCGCUGCAAUGGAGGGAAUGUUGCUCCCUCAUUGGAAAGUAUACAAGAAUUGCACUUCAUAUGACAAGUCCGAAGAUGUGGAAAGCGAGGAUACGUGAUGAGCUGUAAGCGUGAAAAGCGAAGAUACUGGUUGCAGCUAUCUGUACUUGAUAUAAAGCCUGGAAAAAGAAGAAUGGGGCACACUGACUCUUGGAGCUGAAAGGUGCUAACUGUAACCCAAACUACAGAAAUAUUCUGCAUUGUCUAUUUAGACUGCUGGGUGGGAUAACAGCGGUUGUGUUGAGGUGUUGGUUACCUCUGCAAUUGAGACUUGCUGUGUGGAUUGUGUGUUACGGUUAUCCCAAAAACGGUUGUGUUGAGGUGUGGCGGCAUGCCUUGCCGGUGCAAGUACCCA